AUGGAGGAUAUAUUCGCUGCAUUACAUUACACUGAAGAGAGGCAAGUUACCUUCACCGUUUUCCAGCUAGAAGGCGCAGCCCGUUCUUGGUGGAACGUAGUAUGGGCAAAGUGGAAGAGGGAGCAAACUCCCCAUACUUGGCUUAACUUUACUAGAGAAUUUAAUGAGAAAUUUCUCCCGCCCUUAAUCCAGGAAAAAAUGGAGGACGAGUUUAUUAAACUGUGCCAAGGUACUUCAAGUGUAGCAGAAUAUGAGACCCAGUUCACUCGAUUCUCCAAGUUUGCUCCAGAAUUGGUGUUUAGUGAACAAAAGCGCAUAAGGCGAUUUGUACAAGGAUUGAAUGUGAAAAUUCAAAAGGAUUUAGCUACUGCUCAAAUCGACACUUUUAAAGAUGCUCUCGAAAAGGCUCAACGAGUGGAGCAGGCUCGAUUUCAAAGUGUGCCACCUCCUAAGUUUGGAAGAGGUGCGGGAGGAGGUCGAACUACUGGGACACCAAGAGGAAGAGCUCCAUCUAAAGGAGCUCAAAGUGGAAGGGGACAGGGACAACAGAAGACUAUCUCCCAAGUAUUUCCUGCACCCACUACUCGUGCAAGUUGUGGAUACUGUGGUAAGCUAGGCCACAUCGAGGACGCUUGCUGGCGAAAACUGAGGAAGUGCCUCCGUUGUGGAAGUUCCGAACAUCAUCUUGCCGGAGGCCCUGUUAAAAAUCGUGAGGGAAACGGGGGUGCUCAGCCGGAGAAGUCAAACCAUAAACAACCAACUGUGAGUGGGAGUAGACCAAAAUCCUCUAGUAUGGUUUUUGCUUUGGACUAUCAGCGAGCCCCUGAGUCCUCUGAAGUGGUAGAAGGUACGAUUCCUGUAUUCCAUCGCUUAGCUAAGCUUUUAAUUGACCCUGGGGCAACCCAUUCUUUUGUGAAUCCUACCUUUAUGUGUGGUAUUGAUUUAAGCCCUAUUAAAUUACCUUACGACUUGGAAGUUAAAACACCUACUCGAGAUCAAAGCCUAGUUACCAACAUGGUUUAUAGAAACUGUGAGAACUGGUAG